AUGGCGACCGCCUCGAAGCCAAUUCUUUACAAAUUCAUCGUCUGGGCACCCGAUAUGUCGGAUCCUGACGCGUUCCAGCGUCGCCUCUCUGUUCGCCAGCAGCAUUUUGUGAGAGGAGACAAAUUGCACGAGUCUGGACAAUGGAAAGUCGGCGGCGCGUUGCUCACUCCCGAGUCGAUCGCUUCUCCCAACGCAGAGAAGAAGAUGAUUGGGUCCGUGAUUAUCUGCGAGGCGGAGAGCCUCGAGGCUGUCAGGGAGGUCAUUGAGUCCGACAUCUACUAUACUGCGAACGUGUGGGACAAGGAGAAGCUGCAGAUCUUCCCUUUCUUGACCAGCCAUUUGUGA